CUUAGUUAAAUUGUAUAUAAAUAGACUGCAAGUGACUGGUGCACUAAUGCCAAUUCUCUCUUGAAGCCAUCCAGUCGACAAGCAUUUCAUUUCAUAAAAAUGCGUUUUGAAAUUGUUUGUCUGUUGGUCUUGGCUGUGGUGUGCGCUUACGCCGCAUCCGACGUAGCUCCUAAAAGCGAUAAAGAUCGAUUUCUAAUUGCCACCAAUAGCCUUUCUUUCACUACAUUCACCGUGCUGAAAAUAACCACGACCACCACUUCCACCUUUACAUCCACUACAACAUGCACAACCUCAUCGGCCGCCCUGACGACUUGCACCAUCGGCCGUCGUCGUCGUGGUCUGUUCUACGAUGAGGCCGCGUCCCAGGGCCGUAGUCGUCGUGGACUCUUUUACAACGACGAAGAAGCCGACGCCAAGGAAGGCAGCGCUUUCCUCCCAACUGACAAGAAGUCCAGCAACCCCGUUGCUGAGGUUGCCAACACUCGCGCCGAUGAAUCAUCUCUGAUCCCCUUGGAAAUCGAGGCUGGUUUCAAUUUGCCAGCAGUAGGACCCAAUCGUUUCCUGUUGUCUUUCGGCACGUCCACAGUUACCAGCUUGGUCCUUACCACGUCGACCAUCAGCUUGACGGCCUUCUGCAGUAGCACAACCGGCUUCGCACUUUGCGGAUCUCCUGGGAAAUAAAUUCUAAUAUCACUUUGUGUUACUGCGUAUCAGAAAUAUUCCCGCGAAAUCAAAACGAUUCCGGCCUUUUUACUUUUAGUUUCAACGAGCGAGAGGGAAAGACACCGUCGCGCAUCAUGUAUGUGAACAUAUUGGGUUCAUGAUUAUUCCUGUGAAUACCUUGAAAUAAAUAUUGAUAAGCAGCAAUGAAAUAGAA